AUGAACGUGUGCAGGUUGAAGGAAAUAGUGCCACUAUUUCCGAGAUCGUCCUUUACAGAUGGUGUAGUAAGCACAGGAAAAAGUUUCCGAAGUUGGGAUACCUGCAUGGACAAUAAAGCAUGUAAAAUUAUUGCGAUCGUGGGUAUUGUGUUAGCAAGCAUACUUGUUAUUUGGUUGGUCGGGGGGUUACUGACGUGUUUUAGGCAAGGUGUAACAGGAAUAGGUCAAUUCGUUUGUUGGUGUUGUCGUUGUUCCAAUGACAGAAAUAGAAAUGAUGGAAUGCCUGUAAAUGAAGGUUUUAAUAGAGUUAACAUGGGUGUGGCUCCUCCAUCUACUGUCAUUUAUCAGCCUAUCCAACAGCCUGAAAGUGCAUACUACAGAAAUGAUGCAAAGAAUGAUACAUUUUACGACGAAGUGAAAACUCCUAGCAACGAGAUUUAUGAAUUGGAGGAAGAUUUCGAUUUGGAGAAACAAAAAGAGAAAACAAGGAGGAAACAGAUGAAACAAAGAAAUAAGGAAGGACAUAGUCCUAGUAGGGUGGCUCCUCUAGUGUAUGACGAAGAUGAUUCUCAACCGCAAUACGAUGCUAGAAAUUCGUUUAUCCAAAAUGCAACUAAUGCUGGUAACAAUAACGCUCAUACUACUUCACAAUCUCCAAUUUUUGAUAUCAGUGACUAUGGCGAGAACUAUUACUACGAUAAUAACAACAUCAAUAGUAACCUUCAGGGGAACACCUACAAUGCUCCCUCCUCCAAUCAUAGAAGUCCAUAUCCAACCGAUAAUUAUCAAUCCUACCAAGGAUAUAAACCAAACCAAAGCGAUAGAUAUUACUAA